AUGCACUUUCUCAAGGCUAUUUACACAGGCAGUGUGGCCGCUGUAGCUACCGCUACAUAUGCGGGCAACCUUAAUUACGGUUCUCCCUCAUUCCACCACCCAUUCCUCGGGAUCUCUAUUCGCAAAGUAGCUAGCCGGUCUGAGGGUAGCUCACCAUGGGCUCCGGAGCAGCUGAAAUUCACACACGGUGUAGCGUCAGGCGACCCGUAUGACGACAGCGUCAUUCUCUGGGCUCGUGUUGCGCCAACCAUGGACAAUGACCGUACUAACGUGACCGUUGAGGGCACAGCUCCAAUGUACGCUCACGACAACGAUGUCUUUGUCAAGGCGAGCAAGUCACCAAUCUGCGUCGACUGGAAGAUCGGGAGGUCCGCAUCCAUGGACGGGCAACCGUUUAAGUCGGGGACGGCUUAUACGAGUUCGGAUGUUGACUUCACCGUCAAGGUAGAGGCGAAAGCUCUCAAGCCAUUCACAGUUUACUAUUACCAAUUCAACGUCUGCAAUUCCGAUAUCAAAUCCCCCAUUGGCAGAACUCAAACAUUGCCAGAAUCGGGCACCAAAGUCAAACGCGCAAUCAAGCUAGCUGUUUAUAGUUGUGCCAACUACCCAUUCGGAUUCUUUAACGCCUAUGGGAAUCCCAUGCGGAAAGAUUCAGUGGACUAUAUCGUUCACCUCGGCGACUACAUCUAUGAGUAUGGAAAUGGCGAGUAUCCCGUCGGCGGCUUAGGAUGGGGAGACUCCAUCGGCCGCAUCCCCGAGCCCAACCGAUCAUGUCACACGCUCUACGACUACCGAAGACGUCUUGCCCAGUACCGCAGCGACCCUGACCUUCUUGCUAGCCACCAAAAGUUUCCCUGGAUUACCGUCUGGGAUGAUCACGAGGUGAUGGACAACCCUUACCGAGACGGCUCUGCAGCAAUGAACAAUACCGAACAGUCCUUCAUCAAAGAUGACGGCAUAUCCGUUGAGGCGCGCAAGAUGAAUGCCGUGCGUGCAUACUUUGAGUGGAUGCCCCUCCGCCAGGUCGACAUGGACGACAAUCUGCGCAUCUGGCGAAGCUUCCAGUUCGGUGACCUUUUCAACCUCAUCAUGCUCGAUACCCGCAACUACGACCGCUCUAUCACCGAUCUAUACUGGAACACAGGUUACGUCCAUACCAUUAGUGACGACACGAGUCGUUCGCUGAUGGGCUCCCGCCAGGAGAAUUGGUUCUACCGUCAACUCAAGGAAUCAGCCUCGACAACGCGGUGGCGUAUCGUCGGCAACCAGGUCGUCUUCAGCAAGAUGAACCAGAGCAUCUCCAACGGACCCAAGAAUCCGUUUAACUACGACCAGUGGGACGGUUAUACUGCCAACCGAAACCGAACGCUCAAGACUCUCUACGAUAAUAGAAUUGAUAACACAGUGUUUUUGGCCGGCGACAGCCACGCAUCAUGGGUCAGUGACCUUGUCUGGCUUGGCGAAAAAGACUACAAUUCAGAGACCGGGGCCGGCUCCAUCGGGGUUGAGUUCGCGGGCUCAGCCGUCACCUCACCCUCCUCAGCAGGCCAGAACAUCACGCAAGAGAAAGCACUUAAUAUAAGCGCUUGGAUGACAGCUGCGAAUCCAGAGCUGCAGUGGCAAGAGUACUACUACCGCGGCUACUUUGAGUUGACCAUCGACUACGAUGCAGUUCACGCCACCUUCUUUGGUCUGCCCACAUAUACCACAAGAAAUGGUCUCGAAAUUGCGCUGGCAAAUUUCACAGUCCUUGCCGGGGAGAACAGGCUCCGGCGCCCUGUGGGUGGAGGUAGCGUGGAAUUUGGGAAUCUGAAGGGCGGAGUUACGAAGCAGACCAACUUGACCAACGACACUAACACCGGAAAAUGGUUUGUGUUUGAGGGUUUAAAGGCGGGCGGGGAAGACGAGUCUUAA